CUGCAGUAGAUGCUCAACACCUUGCAGCUGCAGUAGAUGCUCAGCACCUUGCAGCUGCAGUAGAUGGUCAACACCUUGCAGCUGCAGUAGAUGCUCAACAUCUUGCAGCUGCAGUAGAUGGUCAACACCUUGCAGCUGCAGUAGAUGCUCAACACCUUGCAGCUGCAGUAGAUGCUCAACACCUUGCAGCUGCAGUAGAUGGUCAACACCUUGCAGCUGCAGUAGAUGCUCAGCAUCUUGCAGCUGCAGUAGAUGCUCAACACCUUGCAGCUGCAGUAGAUGGUCAACACCUUGCAGCUGCAGUAGAUGCUCAGCAUCUUGCAGCUGCAGUAGAUGCUCAACACCUUGCAGCUGCAGUAGAUGGUCAACACCUUGCAGCUGCAGUAGAUGCUCAGCAUCUUGCAGCUGCAGUAGAUGCUCAACACCUUGCAGCUGCAGUAGAUGGUCAACACCUUGCAGCUGCAGUAGAUGGUCAACACCUUGCAGCUGCAGUAGAUGCUCAACACCUUGCAGCUGCAGUAGAUGGUCAACACCUUGCAGCUGCAGUAGAUGCUCAGCAUCUUGCAGCUGCAGUAGAUGGUCAACACCUUGCAGCUGCAGUAGAUGCUCAACACCUUGCAGCUGCAGUAUAUGCUCAACACCUUGCAGCUGCAGUAGAUGCUCAACACCUUGCAGCUGCAGUAGAUGCUCAACACCUUGCAGCUGCAGUAGAUGGUCAACACCUUGCAGCUGCAGUAGAUGCUCAGCAUCUUGCAGCUGCAGUAGAUGCUCAACACCUUGCAGCUGCAGUAGAUGCUCAACACCUUGCAGCUGCAGUAGAUGCUCAACACCUUGCAGCUGCAGUAGAUGCUCAACACCUUGCAGCUGCAGUAGAUGCUCAACACCUUGCAGCUGCAGUAGAUGCUCAACACCUUGCAGCUGCAGUAUAUGCUCAACACCUUGCAGCUGCAGUAGAUGCUCAACACCUUGCAGCUGCAGUAGAUGCUCAACACCUUGCAGCUGCAGUAGAUGCUCAACACCUUGCAGCUGCAGUAGAUGCUCAACACCUUGCAGCUGCAGUAGAUGCUCAACACCUUGCAGCUGCA